GCACAGACAAACCACCCCUUCAAAACCAUGCAUGCACUUCUCUCUUUCACCUCAACUCCACUACAACCCAAAAUGGUGUUGGGCGAGAGGCAGGUACGUGAGGAUAGGAAAAUAGGAUUGCUUGCAGGGGAAACAAUGGCAUACCCAUCUGAAGAAGACCAAAAGAAGAUGCGAGGAGGAGGAGGAGUUUCUAUUUCUACCAUUGCCCCCAAAUUCAAUCUAUUCCUUUGCCUUGCCAGCUUCUCCAUUGGUAUGCUAUUUGCAUACCGAAUGUGGAGUGCGCCACACCCAAAUACAAACUUGCAACCUCUUCCCCAGGACUGCCAACAUAAGCAUCAGCAGAAACUUGAAACUAGCGAAAGCAAGGAUAUAAUUGGAGAAGUUUCUAAAACUCAUCAAGCAAUUCAGUCAUUAGACAAAACGAUUUCUUCCCUGGAAAUGGAAUUAGGAGCAGCACGACUUGCGAGCGCAAGCAGAGGAAUGAACAGCAAUGGGUUUCCAAGAGUGGAGAAAGCGGAUGGAUCUUCUGCAAAAGUACGUACCAAAGCAUUUGUUGUGGUCGGAAUCAACACUGCUUUUAGCAGUAGAAAACGACGUGAUUCUGUCCGAGAAACCUGGAUGCCACGAGGAGCAAAACUGAAGCAGUUGGAAGAGGAAAAAGGCAUUGUAAUAAGAUUUGUUAUUGGACACAGUGCGACACCUGGUGGCAUUUUGGAUCGUGCUAUUGAUACAGAAGACGCAGAGCAUAAUGACUUCCUAAGACUGGACCAUGUUGAAGGCUACCAUGAGCUCUCAGCAAAGACCAAGAUCUACUUUUCUACAGCACUGGCAAAAUGGGAUGCUGAUUUCUAUGUUAAAGUCGAUGAUGAUGUGCAUGUCAAUCUAGGUAUGUUGGCAACCACUUUAGCAAGAUACCGAUCCAAACCAAGAAUUUACAUAGGUUGCAUGAAGUCUGGACCUGUUCUUUCACAAAAAGGUGUCAAAUACCACGAGCCAGAAUACUGGAAGUUUGGAGAAGAAAGCAAUAAAUACUUCAGACAUGCAACUGGCCAGAUAUAUGCUAUUUCAAGGGAUCUAGUUAAUUAUAUAUCUAUAAAUUCACCCAUAUUGCAUAAAUAUGCCAAUGAGGAUGUUUCACUGGGAGCCUGGUUGAUUGGCCUAGAAGUCAACCAUGUAGACGAACGUAGCAUGUGCUGUGGUACUCCUCCAGAUUGUGAAUUGAAGGCAGAAGCGGGGAAUGUAUGUAUUGCAGCAUUUGAUUGGACUUGCAGUGGAAUAUGCAAGUCUGUGGAAAGGAUAAAAGAGGUGCACCAUACGUGUAAUGAAGGAGAUGGUGCUGUGUGGAAUGCAUUGUUCUGAAAUUUGCUUAUAUCAAGUGAGAAUCAGAAUCAGUUUGGUUAUGUGCAUCCUUAAACCAUGGAAAAUUCUGUGAUGAGUCAAUCUUGUCUUGGUUUAGAAGUUUUGCUUUUGCUUUAACUUUGAAUUGUUGUUCAUAUAUGAUGUGCCAAGUGAAUACAGAUUGUCAAGGGUGACAUAAGGAAAGCCAAGCUAAUGCAAUGCACUCUUCUUCCUUGCCUUUACUUCAAGGUUCUAGAGAUCUCUUAUUUUUCAACUUUUAGUAUUUAUAGAUUCAAAGGCAAUACAUCUGUUUUAUCUUGUUA